AGAACAUCAUAAAUCUGUAUAACGCUAGAUCAAAGAAUCGUCAUCAUCAUAGGGAAAAUGAUGCUGCACGCCGUGCUCACUUAAUAAUGAAUGAGAAGCCAGCAGAAAUCAACGAAAGUAAUACAAUAGAUUAUACCUCUAAACUGCCGGCAGAGCUGAUGAUAUACAUGGCUGAAACACUGAUAGAGGUAGACAGCAAUUAUCUUGUCCGAUUUUCUCAACUGAAUCGACGGUGGAGAAAAACACUGUUUGAAACAUCGUCACUUUUUGAAAAGUGCAUAGUUGCAUAUGAUUUGAAAACGACGUUUAAAACUAUAAGGAAAAUCAAAUGGUUUAUGCAGUUUAAUCUCAAACACAUCAAAUUUGUACAUUUCAAUGAUUUGUCAAUCUUUGAUCCAUCCGAUAUGGGAGAUCGCAACGAAAGUUUAGAGUUGCUUAGAGCCGAUUUUGACGAUAUGAGAAUGGAUUCGGUAGAAAUUACGACGGAGUUUUGGAUAAAGCCGAGGCAAUUCAUCUGCAACAGAAUUGCAGAAAUACUUGAACACUUUAAUGUUGUCUCAAUUGCCCAUUUGAUUAUCAACGGAAAAAACUUUGGUCGUGAUUUGGGUGAAGCGCCACUUCUUUCAUUUAGAAAAUUUGGAAAGAAAGAUAUCGAGAAGCUUACAUUGAUCGGCCCAAUUUGGGUAGAUGAAGAUGAGAGAGAUUCGUAUCUAUUUCCUUAUGUGAAGUCAGUCGAAUGUUGGGGUGCAUAUACCAGAAGUAUCCACGUAAUGUGUCCAAACUUAUUACAUUACGAAGCAAAGAUGUAUCAAGGAAAUAAUGCGACCACUUCCAUUCCGCAAGCUGGUAGGUGUGUAGCAAAGUUGACUCCAGAGUUGGCAGUUUGUAUCGCUGAGCAUGUCUCACGCAUUGAUCAUGAAACCCUGUCUAAUCUUACUCGAGUUAGUUCACUAUGGAGAAAUACGCUUCUUAGGGAACCGCAGCUUUUUAAUCGAAGUACAGUUACUUUUAAGCGUAAAGAAGAAUACAAAGCACUUAGAAAAAUGGCGUGGUUCAGGAAGCUUGGUCUUAGACAUUUGAAGUUCAUAUAUGUCAGCGAUUUGAAUCUCAAAACAUUCUCUUCUUAUGGUGAUCCCCAAGAAAGUUUAGAAAUACUUGGACAUAGCGAUUUUGAGGAGGCUUCACUAGAUUCCGUGGAAAUCGUUCUACCAUUAUGCCCAAGAAAGCACAUAUGCGACAGAAUAUAUGAAAUGUUAGAGUAUUUCAAGAUUACUCAAAUUCGGCAUUUAAUAAUAAAUGUGAGAGAUUGUUAUACCAGCCCAGGGGAACAAAUUGAACUUCCAUUUGCAAGAUUCCAGAACAAAUGCUUAGAAAAUCUCACAAUUAAAGCUUUAUUGCGAGUAGAUAGCUAUGCUAGUACAGAUUUUGACCUAUGCCAGGCACGAGGUCUUCUUAUAGAGAAUAAUGUUCCUAUCCUACAUACUUUGGUACCAACAAAACAAAUUGGGAGAAAUACAUCUGACAAAGAGGAUGAUAGUAUUUGAAAAUAUUUUAGAAAGAAUCACAGCGUCAACGUUGCUUCCUUAUAGAAAGUAUCAAGUAUGUUAUUAAUUAAGUAGAGAAGAUUACGA